AUGGACCGCUGGCGAGUUAUUUUAGUGUGUGUGACAUUAUGGUCGAGUCUACCGACGGCAUCAUGCCAGGCUCAUGAAGUGGUGUGUCUUGGUACCCAGAACGGUCUGAGCUCCACAGGCUCACAGGAGAAACAGUACAGUCUGCUGAAGGACAGGUAUGACGGCUGUGAGAUCAUCAUGGGCAACUUGGAGAUCACUCAGAUCGAAAGCAACUGGGACUUCUCCUUCCUUGGGACAAUACGUGAGGUGACUGGCUACGUCCUCAUUGCCAUGAACCACUUUGAGGAGCUUCCUCUCGGGCAGCUACGGGUCAUCAGAGGGAACAACCUGUAUGAAAGACAAUUUGCCCUCUCUGUCUUCUUCAACUACCCUAAGUACGGCUCCAACGGCCUGCGACACUUGGUGCUCACAAACCUCACAGAGAUCCUGGAGGGAGGUGUGCAGAUUAUCUCCAAUAAGUACCUGAGCUAUGGCCCCUGGGUUUUUUGGCAAGACAUAGUGAGAAACAGCACCGCUACUAUUGACAUCCAACUCAACGGAGAGAGAGGUCCCUGCCACCCAUCCUGUGGUGAUCACUGCUGGGGGCCAAAUGAAGACCAGUGUCAGACCUUGACUAAGACCGUGUGCGCUCCGCAGUGUAAUGGCCGCUGUUUUGGGACCAGCCCUCGGGACUGCUGUCACAUAGAGUGUGCAGCGGGAUGCAAGGGCCCUCUGGAUGUGGACUGCUUUGCAUGCCGUCACUUCAAUGACUCAGGAUCCUGUGUGCCUCAGUGUCCCCAGACUUUGAUCUAUAAUAAGCAGACAUUUCAGAUGGAGACCAACCCCAAUGCCAAAUAUCAGUAUGGAUCCAUUUGUGUCUCCCAGUGUCCCACACAUUUUGUGGUGGACGGCAGCUCCUGUGUGAGUGCCUGCCCGCGGGACAAGACCGAGGUGGAGAGGGGAGGACAAAAGCAGUGUGAACCCUGCAGUGGGCUCUGUCCGAAAGUCUGUGAAGGCACCGGCGCCGAACACAGACAGACAGUGGACUCCAGCAACAUUGACAGCUUCAUCAAUUGCACCACAAUCCAGGGCAGCCUUCACUUUCUGGUCACUGGGAUUCUUGGAGAUGACUUUAAAAACAUACCACCGCUUGAUGCCAAAAAGCUGGAAGUGUUCCGCACUGUCAGGGAAAUAACAGAUAUCCUGAACAUCCAGUCAUGGCCUAAAGAACUGAGUGAUCUCUCAGUUUUUUCGGGCCUCACAACCAUCCAGGGGAGGUCUCUUUUCAAGCGUUUUUCUCUGAUAGUGAUGCGUAUCCCCACCUUGACCUCACUGGGGCUGCGUUCCCUCCGAGAGAUCAGCGAUGGCAGCGUUUACAUCAGUCAAAACCCCAACCUCUGUUACCACCACACUGUCCGAUGGGCACAGCUGUUCAGAGGCACCCGAGCCCGCAACAAUGAAAUCAAGGACAACAGGCCGCAGGCAGAGUGUGUGGCGGACAGCCGUGUGUGUGACCCGCUGUGUUCAGAUUCGGGCUGCUGGGGGCCGGGGCCCGACCAGUGUCUCUCCUGCAGGAACUACAGCCGGGACGGCACCUGUGUGGCCAGCUGUAAUUUCUACACAGGGAAUCCAAGGGAAUUUUCAGGGCCUGAUGGCAAGUGUGUUGUCUGUCACCCUGAGUGUCAGCCUCAGGAUGAGAGGGUUACCUGCACUGGACCGGGUGCAGAUGAGUGUGUGGUGUGUGCCAAACUGAAGGAUGGUCCUCACUGUGUGUCCUCCUGUCCAAGUGGUGUGAAUGAUGGACAGAGGGGACUGAUCUUCAAAUAUGCCAACAAGGAGGGUCACUGUAAACCAUGCCACAUCAACUGCACGCAGGGAUGCACAGGUCCAGGGUUGAGGGACUGCUUUGAGACAGCCAGGCUGGCAGUUAGUAGUGGUCAGAUCACAGGGAUAGCUUUAGGGGUCCCAGCUGGGCUGAUAGUCUGCCUGGUGUUGUUCUUCCUGGCCUUGCUGUACAACCGAAGCCAGGCCAUCCGCCGCAAGAGAGCGAUGAGGAGAUACCUGGAGAGCGAAGAGAGUUUUGAGCCGCUGGGUCCUGGGGAAAAAUGGACUAAAGUCUAUGCCCGAAUCUUAAGGAGCCCAGAGCUAAAAAAGAUCAAAGCUCUUGGCUCUGGAGUUUAUGGUACAGUGCACAAGGGCUUUUGGAUUCCAGAGGGAGAGACGGUGAAAAUCCCUGUUGCUAUUAAGACGAUCCAUGACAGCUCAGGCCGGCAGACCUUCACAGAGAUCACUGAUCAUAUGUUGUCCAUGGGCAGCCUGGACCACCCCUCUAUCGUUAGGGUGUUAGGCAUCUGUCCAGGUCCCAGUCUGCAGCUGGUCACCCAGCUCAGUCCCCAAGGGUCCUUACUGGAUCACAUCAAGCAGCACAAGGACAGCCUGGACCCACAGCGCCUGCUCAACUGGUGUGUGCAGAUUGCUAAGGGUAUGUUCUACCUUGAGGAACACCGUAUGGUCCAUAGGAACCUGGCUGCCCGCAACGUCCUGCUGAAGAACGACUACCAGGUCCAGAUAUCUGACUUUGGUGUGGCAGACCUCCUGUAUCCUGAUGACAGGAAAUAUAUCUACAGUGACACCAAGACUCCCAUAAAAUGGAUGGCACUGGAAAGCAUCUUGUUUCGAAAAUACACUCAUCAAAGUGAUGUCUGGAGUUACGGGGUGACGGUGUGGGAGAUGAUGUCAUUUGGGUCUGAACCGUAUGAGUCUGUGCACCCGCACAAUGUGCCCGGUCUGUUGGAGAAGGGUGAACGUCUGUCCCAGCCCCCCAUCUGUACUAUAGAUGUCUACAUGGUCAUGGUCAAGUGCUGGAUGAUUGAUGAAAAUGUACGACCAACCUUCAAGGAGCUGGCCAGUGACUUUACUCGCAUGGCAAGAGACCCACACAGGUUCCUUGUCAUCAAGGUGGACGGGGGAGAAGCGAGCUCAGAGGAGAACCACCAAAGGGAAUCGGAGCGAGGACUUUUGGAGACGGCGCUGGGGGAUCAAGACGAGGAAGAACUGGGAGAUGGAAUGGCUACACCUCCUCUUCAUCACUCUCCCUCUCCAUCUAGGAGUGUGUCUCGCUCAAGGAUUAAUUCUUACAGGAGUGGCAAUUCUCAAGCUGGAUCCAUGGGAUACCUGCCAAUGACCCCCGGCCCAGUAGACAGUAUCCACCAGCUGUUUUCUCAGAGGUCUCGUCUGAACUCAACACAGACGGUGUCUGAGGGGUCAGACGGCAGGGGGAGCGGCCUCGAGGUGGAACUGCCCGAGGUGGUUUUUCUGAAUGGCAGUCUUCGCAGGGCCAGGGGUGGCACGGAGAAAGGCAGCUCCCGCGUAUCCGUCAACCGGCACAGGAAACUCUCUACAGCCUCAAAUCGAUCCUCACAUAAGGCCCGGGUCGAGGAGGAAGAGGAGGAGGUGGACCAGAAUGGCUAUGUCCUGCCUGGGUCACCUAGCACCCUGGAGAGAGUCAUGGCUCACGUAAUCUCCAGAACCCCUCAAGAACCAAGAAACUCAAGAUCUGCCAGAAAUCAACUGCCUUCCUUGGCCUCAGAUUUGACCCAUGAAUAUGAAAUAAUGAGCAAACAGUCUCCUUGCUCACCCAAAGGUGUCUUCAAGAAGGUGGACGGGCACUCGGAUGUGCUGAGGAAUAAAACUCCACCUUUACCCUCUCCAACUUACAAGACACCUCUGCCAGUGGAGGGCAAAGCACAUGGGGAGACACAGAAACAUGCGAGCUCUGCUGUAAAGCCAGAUGGGAAAUGUGAGGGAACUGCUGCACAGAAAAGAGACUCCACAGAGAAAGAAGAGCAGUCUGAGGGUGAGACCGGGCCUGUGGCUGACCAGGGAGGGACCCCUCAUGCGACUGGGGAGUCUGAAUACAUUUAUAUUCAGGGAUUUUGCUCUGAGGACACAACAAAGCCCAUAAGGGAGAGACGUGACAGUCAAACAUCAGCGGAGAAACCAACAGACGCAGAGGUGGACAAAGAACAAGAGGAAGAAGAGGAUGAGAAGCACUGUCACACACUUGAGGAGAAUCUGAGCGGCGUAGACGCGCCCGGGCCAGAUGUCCUCACAGCUGGGGCAAACACAGCGGAGGAGUAUGAGGAGAUGACCGGCUUUGGAGGAGCAUCCCACGGGCGCGAGCAGGCAGAGUACCAGAACCUCCCGGUAAAGAGGAGGACUGUUUCUGAGGAGCUGGGCAGCAGCAGGUGUGCAGGGCUUGGGGGAUACAUCAAGGUGUGCGCCGGCGUCGGAGAGCCCAGCGGCAACACGUCGUUCGACAACCCCGACUACUGGCACAGCAGACUGUUCCUCAAGCCAGAUGCUGUGCGCACCUAAUGAUGUGGACUGGGACAAAACCCUCGAAAUACUGAAAAAUCUAAUUAAUACAGAUUUACAGCAGUCAUGUACUUCUUUGUAUUUGAACUUCACGCCCUCUCUAUGAUGAGCAGCUCCUGGUUACAUGAUGUUUAGCAUGGCCUAUAUCCCACACCAUUUAAUUCCCACAGUGAUUCCA